GGUGUGCAGCAUCGUUGGCUUGACUGUCUGUCAAAUAAAAAAAACAAAAUGUCAAGCUGAACUGUCAAGUCAAGAAAAAGCACGAAAAUGGCGUUCUUUAUUGCGUUCGUUUGAGAAUUUUCGUUAUAAUUAUCUUGUAGAAUAAAGUAAAGCGUAUUUAGUUUUCAUGCAAAUAUUUGGUUGAAACUAUUUUACAAACAUGUGGCACGAAGCAAGGAAACAAGAACGGAUGAUCCGCGGAAUGAUAGUAGACUAUCGGCGACGAGCUGAGCGUCGGAAGGAUUUCUACGAGAAAAUCAAAGCGGAACCAACGCAAUUCCUGCAACUUCAUGGACGGCCUUGCAAAAUUCAUCUGGACCCAGCUGUGGCAGCGGCCGGGGAAGGCCCAGCUAUCAUGAUGCCAUGGCAAGGUGACCCGAGUAAUAUGAUUGACCGUUUUGAUGUCCGAGCACACUUAGACUUCAUUCCGGAAGUGAAAUACCCGGACAUACCACCUGAAGAGUUGAGUACAGAAGAGAGGCAGUGCAACUAUGAAAGAUACAGAAUUCUCGCUCAAAAUGCCUUUCUCGGGAUAAGUGAAGACAAAUUCCUGCAACAACUUGCAAUCGAGGAGCAAUUUGGCGUCACAAUAGAAGAAAAGGAAAUGCAGAAAGAGAAGCUACACGAAAAGAAAGGGACGGGUGCAGCUAUAGGCUACAAUUAUAAUGAUCCAGGCGCCCAACCCUCUUGCUCUAACGGCCCUGAGGUCAAAAAAGUGGAACAGAAAGAAUCAGAUGAUGAUUCCGAUCUUGAAAUCAUUGAUGUGGACCUCAGUAUUGAUGUGAACAAGAUGGAUUCUUCACAGGCGCACGCACUGAACUCCGUGGGCCCCCAAUUCGGCAUGGCCGGCUGCGAUCUCUUCUCGUUCCUCACGGGGGACGCCGACGACGCGGAGCAUCAGAAACAGUUGCUAAGGGAGGAAAAGGAGAAAGCUAUGUUCUCUGGACGUAAGAGCAGGAGGGAGAGACGAGCGCACCGCGACAAGAAGCUGGCGACGCGCGUGAUGUCGCCGCCGUCGUACGCCGUGGACGCGGGCGCCGCGCGCUCGCGCUCGGCCUCCCGCAGCCGCAGCUCCAGCCCCGAGACGCACGCCAUACAGUUCAUCACCUCAUUCGGUGAUGAUGAACCUCCACUGCCUCCCAAACCGACGUACUCUGAGAAACUGAAACAAAAUUUGAAAAAGGAACCGCUGUAUUCUGAAGUUGUUCGUAAACCAAAACCCAGGCAAUCAAUUUCAUCCGAGAGACCGCCAAUGGGACCACACUUCCCUUCAAGAUCACGUUCGAGAUCUGCCCACUCAAAGUCGAGGUCACCAUCCCGAUCGAGGUCAAGGUCACGGGGGUCAGGACGAUCAAGAUCGAAUUCAAGAGCACGAUCACAUUCUAAAUCACGUUCGAGAAAUCGUUCUAUUUCUCGAUCGAGAUCCCGAUCUUGGAGGAAAUCUCGGUCGUAUUCUUCAAGGUCGAGGUCAAGGUCAUACAGUCCAAGAAGGUCGAGGUCAAGGUCAAGGUCGCGUAACAACAGGAACAGACGGUCGCGGAGCCGUGAAAAUCAGACUAGUGGCUAUGACAAGCGUAAUAACUCCAGGUCCAAAUCGUUUGAAAGUUCUGAUCGUGGGGCGGGCGCCGGCGCAGUUCCCCGGUAUUACGGGCGCAGGGCCGAGGACAAGUCUUCCAGCGAACUGUCACUAGACUCGGACAGUAGCGAUGGCAAACAAAACAAAUCGGCAAGCACUAAGCCCAACACAAACCAGAAUCAGAUACGAUUGUCUGGAUCCAUCUCCAAAGGUCCCUCGCGUGAAACACUUUCGCUCAAGGAGAAAUUGAAAAGGAAGAUGCAGGCGCAGUUAUCAAGGCAACUGAAAGCUGACAAGCGCGCGGAGGCCGCCCGCCUGGAGCGCGAGAGCCGCCGCCAGGCGCGCCGCGACCACGAGAUGAGGGAGCUCGCCAUCAAGCUCAGGAGGCGACAACGUGAAAUGAGACAUCAACAGAACAGAAGAUCGAGCGAGGAGUUCUCCGAUGGUAGCCGUUCCAGGUCAUCUUCUAGAGAUUCUCAAGCAGACAAACCAAAAGAAGACCGGAGCCCUUCUAAAAGCCCGUCACCAAAACCUAUACCAGUUUGGGAAACCAACAGGACUUUCGCCACCGUACCUUACAAGAAAUCUGAUACAAGCGAAAAUAGCUCUUAUUCCAACCCAAGAAGACGCCAAGCGGAAGGCGAAUACAACGAAAACAGAACCGAUUAUAAUAGACCUAACUAUAAUCCUAACAGAUUUGAGAGGUACCCUAAUAGUAGGGAUUUUAAUAGCCGUCAAGGGGACAAUUUCAAUCGGUAUGAGCAUGAUGGUAGAUGGGAUCAAGGUUAUUCAAAUAGGAGGAGGCCGUAUGGGCACAGGGGAGGGUACAGGGGGAUGAGACACGGGGAAGGACAUUCAAGUGAGUACAGGCAUCACGAUUACAGGGAAGAGUCAGAUGAACAACCUAAGAUUAAGUUGGUAGAUUAUUGAGAUAGCAUAAAUAUUUCAGUUGUAUGUUGAACUUUUUUUUUCGAGGGGUUUUCCCAUAUCGGAAAAAAGUAUUAAAUGUCCAUCUUUGGAAACUCGUGUGUAAAAUAUGAAGGAAAUACUUGUUUGAAAAAAUAAAUAAGCGGGUAGACUAACAAUUGUGACAAGUCACAUACAUGACUUUUUCAUUAAAACUUUUAUACGCAGAAUGCCGCUUGUUUUUUUUAUUUUUUUAAAUUUAAUAAUUUUUAAAUUAACACAAACAUGAACUCAAAUUUUUCAGAAUUUUCACAUUUUUAUCACUUAUCAAUUUGUAUGGCACCGUUUUCUCUUACAACUAGGGCCACUAACUAUUUGUAAUAAAUUUUAAAAAGAUAAAUAAAUAUUGAGUUUUGUAGCGUUCACCAGAAAAGCAUACUUACACAAUUAAUUCACAUAAUUUCCAAUCAAAAUAUAGCCUACAGUGUUAAUGUCAAUUUUUGUAAGAAAUUCUUUAUAGAAUGUUAUUAAAAGAUUUUUUCUUUCACAUCAAAACUUAUCAUACCACCUAGUUAAGAAAUUUUUAAUAUUGUUAGUCUAUUAGAUUUUUAUAUUAAAAAUGAACAAAUACAAAACGUAAUUCAAUACUUCCCUGUAUCGGACUGCCAUUGAUAAAAUGUAAUUUAAAGUGUACAUAGUUAAAAGCGAGUAUUUAAGCAACUGUUAUGUAUUAUAAGUUCGUAUUAAAUGUAAUAAAUACAUAAUAAUAAAA